AGCCAAGGUGGAGGAUGGGAAAAGAAUGGAACUGUCCCAGCUACUCAAUGAGAUCAGGGCAAACUAUGAAAAGCUCCUCACCAGAAAUCAGAUAGAGACCGUGCUCUCAGCAAGGAUCCAGGUAAUGAUUUCAUACAGACAGGCACCUUCCCGGAUAAAGAGACAGUCCAUGUCUACCCAAUUCCUGUCCCAGCCUCUCUGAGCUAGAAGAAGAUAUAAGCAAAAAAAUGGACAAAGAUGAAGAGGCUUUAAAAGCGGCUCAAGCAGAACUCAAGGAAGCCCGACGCCAGUGGCACCACCUGCAAAUGGAAAUUGAAUCUCUCCAUGCUGUGGAAAGGGGCCUUGAAAACUCCCUACAUGCCAGUGAGCAGCAUUACCAGAUGCAGCUCCAGGACCUAGAAGCCGUGAUUGAAGGACUAGAAAAAGAGCUACAGGAAGUAAGGCGCGGCAUCGAAAAGCAGCUUCAAGAGCAUGAGAUGCUUCUCAACACGAAGAUGAGGCUAGAACAAGAAAUAGCAACUUAUCGCCGCCUCCUAGAAAAGGAAGAAAUCAGAUAUUAUGGUUCUAUCCAAGGUGGGAAAAAAGACCAAAAACCUACCACAAGUAGAGUUGGUUUUGUUCUACCUUCAGCCAUCAUAAAUGAAAUAUCUUUUAAAACAAAAGUUCCACAAAAGUGUGAGAAUGAGAAAGUGGAAACAGUGACCACACAGGCAAUAUCAAAUGGGAAUAUCGUGAAAGAGAGCACUGAAGCUCAUGGCACUAUACAGACAGAGAAAGUGGAUGAAGUUAUUAAAGAAUGGGAAGGUUCCUUCUUUAAAGAUAACCCUCGAUUAAGAAAAAAAUCUGUUUCCCUUCGAUUUGAUCUUCACUUAGCAGCGACUGAUGAAGGGUGUUUACAGACUAAGCAGGACAAUCUACCAGAUAUAGAAGUCAGGCUCGUCAUGAGAAGAUCGUGCAGUAUCCCCUCCAUCAAGCCUCCGUCACCAGCUAAUUAAUCCAAAGACAGUAUAUGAUAUGAUUUGAAAAUGACAUUAGGAUGGACCUAGGUGGGCUAUACUGACCCUCUUCCAUCCCAGAAUGAAAGGUACUAAGUACAUAUGGAAAAGGCUAUGAUCAAUGUAUGAUUCUCUUCAGAACAACAUCAACAACAGAAUCAACAACAGAAAGUAAAAACAGUAAGGGACAAAAUUUCUCUGAGUCCUUAUGGAUGUAUUUUAUGGAGAGGAGGAGACUUAAAAAUAAAAUUAGGAAUUCAGUGUGGUUUCUACUUUAUUAAUUCUCCAAAUAUUCUUUUCCUUUUUCCCUUGAAAUGUUAUCAGAGACUGUAAGCAGUAAACUGGUUUAGUUCAAUCUUUGUAAUUUUACUCAACGGCUAAAUACUCUAAGGAAAAAGGAACAAUUUGUUUGAAUAUGAGUUUAUUAUAAGUCACACUAAGUUAUUCAUCAUUAUUCCAUGAUUAAAGCUAAAAAGUUUUUUCUACUAAAAAAAAAAAGGCAAUUAUAAAAAAAACUCUUUAAGGGGACUAUUUAGUUAACCAGGAUUUUUCCUUUUGAGACAAUCAUUAGAAAACAACUCCCCCAAAAGAGCAAUUCUAAGUAAACUGCGGAACACACCCCAAGGAUUAAAUAUAUUGUUAAUCUACAUCUGAAAGUUAUUUGUAAUCUCUAUGUCUGAUUCCAGAAAAGUUACUUUAUUCAAAGAACUUUUAAGAUCGUGUCCCCUCCUCCAAAAAAUUAGGAAGCCAGCUACACAAACAAAACAUGAAAGAAAAAAUUGAAGAGGUAGUCACUACAAUUGCUAAAACAGAAAAGUUAUACAAUUUUUUCAUCUGUAAAAUUUAUGUGAUUGUUUGCUACAAGCCUUAGAUAAGAUACUACAUGAAGUAUAAAUAUUUCUUGCAAUCAUUUACAUGAACUAACAUGAACUAAGAAAAACAGUAUUAUCUACACUAAGAAUAUUUGAAAGAUUUGUUUUUAAAUUGUUCAAACUAUAAUAUAUAUGGAUAGAAAAUAUAUUUGUGAAUAAGUGAAGUAUUGUUGCAAAGUUUUUAAAGCAACCUAAUUUGUUUAAUAUAGGUAUUUUUAUUUUAAGAACUUAAAUUAAAAACACCUGUUUAAAACAUUAGAAAUUUAUAAGAUAUUAAUUUUUUUCUAGCAGAAAAAAUAGUCAAAUACAACUCGCCAUACUUUUUUCCAGCUAAAGUAUCAUCUAAGGGCUAAAGCUACAUCAGCAUUCUAGCACAGCCUUUACAAUACGUCUCUCUCUCUCUCUUCUCUUUAUUUCAACGAGGAAAAAAAAUGUACAUUUUAACCAGAAGAAAAUUAUGUUACAUAAUCCAUAACAUACUAUAGAGAUACAAAAUUUUUCAUUUCCUUUCAAUUACUCCAGAUUCCUUUAAGUCUGACUUAUUUUCUUUAGUGAAAAGGGAUGAUUUUGUUUUGUCAAAGAUAUAACACCAUCUUAAGUGCUUAUUCUUGCAUAAGCAUCUGACCUAAAAUACAUUCUAUACAUACAAGUGCUUUCAUUCAAUAUUAGUUAAGUGCUACUAACUUCAUUAAAACUUUAAAAUAUGCAAUCAUAAAAGCUAUUGUACUACAGUUACUAUACUAAGUAACAAUAAUCAUCAUAAAGCAGUAUGUCUAGUAAUCUACAUGCAGUGUUAAAAAUUUAGUACUGGGCAUCACAAAGGUAACUGCUUAUUAUAGUAAUUCCUCUAUGCAGCUAUUGUGUCUAUAACGUACAUUUUUAAAUACUUGAGUUUAUAACAAUGUUUUACUUGCUUUGGGGCAUUUUAAAUUGGGAUAUGAAUUUGCCAAAGUAAAUGAUAC